UUCUAUAUAUACCACCAAACUGACCGAAAAAAACUCCAGCUCAGAAAAACUCUUUGAAUCUCCGAUCACUUGAGAAUGAAGAUCACCAGCGUUGUUGUGCAUGCCCUAAACGACUCCACGGUGGCCGGAUUCGUGGACGACACGACGCCUUUCGAGCAAUGCAGCAAGGAAUGCUUCGACGAGCUCGACCUUAACGCCGACGGCGUGUUGUCGAAGGAGGAGCUUCGUUCGGGUUUUGGUAAGCUGCUGCCGGGCAUAGGGUACGUGUCACAGCCCAAAGAGGAGUUGAACGGUUUGCAUGAUGAAAUAUUUGAGAGGUUCGAUGCGGAUCAAAACGGCGUCGUUGACCGGGGUGAGUUUAAAGAGCUGUUGAGGGAGAUCAUGCUCGGGGUGGCGCGUGGGAUUGGGGGGUCGCCGGUGCUGGUGGCGCUUGAGCAUGGGAGUCUGCUUAUGAGGGCAGCUCAACACGAACAGAAUAGGGGAUAGGGAGGCUUUGAGGGUGGAUGUGUUUGUUUUGAGAGGCAUGUGAAAUUUGUGUUAUGAUGUUUGCAUUUCUCUAAUUGGCUAAAUACUUCCGAGAUUGUAUGAAUUAGGGAUUGAUUUUGCGAAUGACGAGUUAGCAAAUAGGAAAAGAAUUCAUUUCUUAUGUUUGGUAAGCAACUUGGAAUUGUAUGGGAGAAUGAACGAGUUUUAAACUUUCCAUCCUUGUGCUGAUACUCUUGAGAAAUGGAAUCCUCUCGGCUGAUCUAGCAA